ACCAACACUACCGAACCGGCUAGCGCGUGUUUGCUUGCUGUGUGAACGUGUUAUUCAAUCGUGGGCAUGUUUGCUGCGGUUCCGUAAACUUGUGCCCGGCUGAUUAUCGAAAAAACAUCCACAUUAUUUCACAUAAUCUCGUAUGAGUUUAGCUUAAAAUAAGCAUUUCCUGUGUGCAGCUGGUGCGCCUAUUUCCGCUUGCACGGUGGGCUAGGGAAGCAAGUUUUCCGGCAAGUUUGUUUUGAUUGAGCUGAGCGAGCGGCCUGGGACGGGAAAAUGUUUGCAUCCAGCACCGUGUCGGCAUUGCUGCGCCAGUGUUCCAUUUCGUGGAGCAGCACCAUCGUACCGGUGCGCUCGAAAAACUAUCUCAAUCGACCCCGGCUCCGCAACCCGGUGUGGUUUGUAAAGAAGACGCGCACACUCCACAAUGAACAGUUCACCGAGGACAAUAAGGCGUUCCUGAACGAGGUGAAGCGCGAAACGAUUCUAACCGCAGCCCAGCGCAAUCAGAAUACAUUGCUGAAACUGGCACAGGGCGAAGAAAACGGUUCGCUGGUACAGUGGAGCCCGGGCCUGAAGCGUACCGGCGUGAUAGCGAAAAAGAUCGGUCAAUAUCCGCUGUGGACAAAGGAUGGACAGAAGAUACGUACCACACUGCUGCAGAUCAUCGACAACGAGGUGGUGAAGUACAUCCCGCCGGAAGAGUACCGACCGGCGCAGGAACCCCGUCAAAGCCGGAACUGGCGCAAACCGUACGGCUGUCUGCUGGUCGGUGCGGAACACGGUGAUCCGUCGCUGUUCACCAAGGAGUAUGCCGGCCUGUUCCAGGAUUCGGGCGUCCUGCCGAAGAAACAUCUCUGUCGGUUUAUUGUGUCGCCCGAGGCACAGCUCCCGGCCGGUACCGCCCUUACCGUGAGCCAUUUCCGUGUCGGCGACUAUGUGGACGUGCGGGGAAAAACCGUGGACCGGGGCUUUCAGGGUGUGGUGAAACGGCACGGGUUUAAGGGUAUGCCGAAAUCGCACGGUGUCACGAAAACGCAUCGCCGGCCGGGCAAUAUCGGUGCCGGUGGCAAUAAGGCACGCGUGUGGCCCGGUACCCGGCUGCCCGGCCAUAUGGGCAACCGGUGGCGUGUGUUGCGCGGGUUGCGGAUUUUGCGCAUCAACCCACAGUACAACGUGAUGUGGGUGAUGGGUAGCAACGUUGCGGGCAGCACGAACGGGAUCGUGUACGUGUACGACACGAUACUGCCACUGCGGAAGCACGGUUCCAAGGGUGGACCGGCCGGAUCGCCACCGUUCCCAACCGCGCUCGAACCGUUGCCGGCGAACAGUGGCGAUGUUUGGCUGGAGGAGUUGCACGAUUUCCGCAAGCUUUCGAUAACGUACAGUGCCGGCAGUGAGUAGAAUUAGCAUUGGGCCUGUAGAGAAUAAUUAUAAAGCCAAGGAAAGGUUAAAUAUAAAACCAUCUGUAUGUUAACAAUA